AAAAUUUUGAGCUGCUAAAAAAUCUUUUCGGUAACACGAAAAUACAAGAACAAUCUUUCGAAAAUUUAACGGAAAAACUAACGGAUCAUUUCCAGUCGAAACGACAUGUGGUCGCUGCACGUUACGAUUUUUUCAAAAGGGAAAUGAAGCCACAUCAAUCAUACAGAGAGUGGGUAGCCGAUCUCCGCGGAUUGGCAAGAGAGUGUAACUUUUCGUGCUCAGCCCAGAAUUGUUUACACAAUUUCGUGGAUGAUAUGAUUCGUGACCAAAUUAUUAUACGUACACCUCACGAUGCAGUGCGCACGGCUGCGUUCCAAAAGCCCCAGCCGACACUUGCUGAUGUUUUGCAGAUUGCAGAAUUGUACGAAACAACCACUAAAACGGUGGCAACAAUUAAAGAACAAACGAUCGAAAACUCAAUGCCUGUUAAUUCAGUUGUAAAAUUCAAAUCAUGUUCUGGCUGUGGAAACUCUCAUGCAAGAGAAAACUGUAAAUUUAGAAAUGCUGUUUGCAAUAGAUGUAGCAAAAUUGGACAUAUUGCGCCAGUGUGCAUGUCAAAACAAAACAAGAACAACAAACGUAGUUCAGGUGAUGAAAACAAGAAGAAGGAUUAUCGUCGUAAAAGUCACAACAUCGGUACUGUUGAAACAAUUAACAGUCUAACAGGUAUUGUAAAAACUGAAAGCAAUAAGAAUUACAUUGACUUGGAAAUUUGUAAUAAAAUUGUGUCUUUCCAAAUGGAUUCUGGUGCAACAGUUUCUUUAAUAAAUAAGCGAACAUUCAAAACUCUAAAUUGCCCAAAGUUGCGAAAUUGUACAAAAACCUUAUUUGGUUUUGGCAAAAAUGAAAUUCCAGUGCUUGGUGAACUUUGCGUAGAUAUCAAAUGUGGCGGAAAAGAAAGGGAAGUGGUAAUCGUUGUCGUGGAUGUCGAAAACUGUAACAAUUUAUUCGGUUUCGAUUUAUUUAAAGAAUUCGGCCGACAAAUUCCAUUUUCGCAAAUGUCACUUUUCAAGAAAGAAGUCAAUCGAUUGACAAAUGCGGGUAUUUGGAAACCUGUGAAGUUUUCCCAAUGGGCUUCGCCUAUUGUACUAGCGCCAAAAGCUGAUGGUUCCAUAAGAAUUUGUGGGGAUUUUAAACAAGCAGUCAAUGCGCAAAUUGACAUUGAACAAUAUCCUUUGCCCAUACGCGAAAGUCUUUUCCAUAAAAUUCAUUGCGGUCAACAUUUUACAAAAAUCGACCUUAAGGAUGCGUAUUUACAAAUGGAACUCGACGAUGAAGCAAAAACAAUAAUGGUUGUCAACACUCCACUUGGUUUAUUCCAAUACCAACGUUUACCGUUUGGGAUUGCAAGCGCUCCAGCUAUAUUCCAAAGAUAUCUUGAGCAGUUACUUCAAGGCGUAGAAGGUUGUGGAAAUUAUCUCGAUGACAUCAUCAUCUCCGCACCUACAUUUCAACAACACAUCAGCCGCCUAGAACAAUAUCUCGGGCGUCAAAUUAGUGCAAAAGGUAUAUUGCCAGAUGAGUCAGGACUAAAAGCAGUCAAAAACCUGCAGCCGCCUAAAGAUCUAAAGCAAGCAGAAGCAUUCAUGGGUAAGGUAAACUAUUACCAUAAUUUUAUACCUAAUUUUUCGCAAUUAUCCGCGCCAAUCAACAUGCUGCGCCGAAAAAAUGUAAAAUUCACAUGGGGUACAGCACAACAACAAGCAUUUAUAGCUCUUAAAACGCAUAUUCUCAAUGCAGCGCAAUUAGCACAUUAUCAGGAAGAUUUACCGUUGGUUCUAGCUGCAGAUGCCUCCUCCUAUGGCAUAGGAGUCGUGCUCUCGCAUACGUACGUUGACGGUACAGAAAGGCCUAUUGCUUUUGCAUCUAAAACUCUCGACAUUCAUCAACGACGAUAUAGUCAGAUAGAGAAGGAAGGGCUAGCUAUCGUUUUUGGAGUCAAGCGUUUCCAUCAAUAUUUAUACGGAAGAAGAUUCACCUUGGUUACUGACCACAAACCUCUUGUUAGCAUUUUUAAUCCAAUUCAGCAGUUGCCGUCGAUGACGUCACAUCGUUUACAGCGAUGGGCUAUUAUACUAAUGGCUUAUCAGUAUGAUGUUCGGUAUCGUAAAACUACUGAGCAUGGAAAUGCCGAUGCUUUAUCUCGUUUACCUGUUGGUGAAGAUAAAACUUUUGAUCAUGAAGAAUCCUGUUUCAACAUCAAUGAACUUAACACACCUAUCGACGCUGAAAUAAUUCGUCAGCAUGCCAAAAAUGACCCAAUUCUUCGCCGAGUUUAUUUUCUCGUUACAAACGGUUGGCCUGAAAAGCUAAUGCCUCAAGAUACGGAGUACAACCGGGUUGUCAUUCCAGCCUCCCUUAAGCAGAAAAUUCUUAAACUUCUUCAUGAUGGUCAUUGGGGAGUAUCGAGAAUGAAACAGCUAGCUCGACAACAUGUCUGGUGGACUAAUAUUGACAAAGACAUCGCACAAUUAACUGAAAAUUGUGAUGUGUGCAAAAUUGCAAAUCCUGUUCACGCACGUGAAUACGUAAGCUGGCCUGAAGCUGAUCGACCUUGGGAGAGAGUACAUAUCGACUUUGCUGGUCCAUUUUGUAAUUCAAUGUGGCUAAUUUGUGUCGACGCUUUCUCACAAUUUCCGUUCGUUGUACAACUAUCUACAACAACAACGGUUGACACCAUAUCAGCAUUGUCUUCUAUAUUUUCUCUGGAAGGUAUACCAGAAACCAUCGUAAGUGACAAUGGUCCGCAAUUUACAGCUGAAGCAUUCAAACAGUUUUGCUCAAAACUUGGCAUCAAACAUAUAACAACAGCGCCGUUUCAUCCAGCCUCAAACGGGUUAGCCGAACGAUUCGUCAGAUCUUUUAAAACUGCUGUUCAGAAAAACAUUGACGAUGGAUUGUCUCUCAAAUUCGCUGUAUCAAAAUAUCUUGCAACAUAUCGUGCAAUGCCGAAUGCUGAGGGUAAAUCACCUGCAGAACUUUUACAUGGAAGGCCUGUUCGUACCUUGUUGAGUCAACUGUUUGAAUCGCCUAGAAAGCACCUUGAAGCUUCGAAACGGAAAAUGAAAUUUAGUCUAAAGCAACCCGUCUUCGCUCGAAACUACGCAAGAGGGGAAAAAUGGAUAAAAGGAGUUAUUGUGAAACAACUUGGUAAAAUGGUUUACCGAGUGAACACAUCUUUUGGUUACAUCAAACGUCAUGUUAAUCAGCUUAAAACUAGAAGUAGCUCUGACCUCUCUUCACAACCAAUUUUUGAAUUCACUCCAAAUUUCAUCAAUGCCCCACCGCCUUCAUCUAGCCAAUCAACAUUAAUGCCUAGUGAAGAACGUUCUACCGAAGUAGUUCAACUUCGAAAAAGUUGUCGUAUUCGGAAGGAUAUAGGCACAGAAAAAUACGACAUAUUACGCAGCAAUUUUGAUGCAAGUGAGAUGGAAAACAAAACAUUUGAAGAAUUAAUGCAAAGUUUUACCGAAUUAUUCCAAUCAAAAACACAUGUAGUUGCUGCCAGACAUGAGUUCCACAAAACAGCAAUGUCUACAAACCAAACUUACAGAGAAUGGAUAACGGAUUUACGCAAAAUCGCUCGUGAGUACAAAUUUAUUCGCAGCGCACCAAAAUGUGGUCACGAUUAUACAGAGGAAAUGAUACGCGACAAAGUGAUUGUACACACUCUACACGAUGUUGUUCGCGUAAGCGCUAUGCAAAAAACUAAUCCACCACUCUCAGAGGUGAUGCUCAUUGCUGAAGUUUUCGAAGCGACGGAAAAAACAGUAAACAAAAUCAAAGACAAAGUAAACGACGAUGUUGAA